UUGCCACUUUUGUUUGAAUAAAAAAGAUUAAGGCGAUUAAGUGAUUACUGAUGCUUUAAACGACUUAAGAAUUAUCUUGUUUGGUAUUUAUUGCGAAAAUUGUUUUUUGUUAAAUAAUUUGAAUUUUCGGGCUUGCGCAAAUAAAUGAAUUGUUGGUUGCCUAUCCCCCAAGUGUCAAAUCUGUCACUUCCCGUUUUUGACAUUUCUAACCUACAAAAUCGACGCACCCCUUUACAACCUUAUUUUAAUUCAGUCACACUUUCGGCAAUUGGGCAUGGACCUGAACGAAGAAGAACUCAUAAAGAAGCACAAACAAGAACGCAAAGAUCUCCAGUCAAAAAUCCAGUCAUUAAAAAAAAGUGUUGCGAAGGGGGACAAAAAGAAGAAAAAAGAGGUCGCCGAAGAAAUAGCCCGGCUAGAACAAGAACUGGAAGCCCGACAAUCAUCGGAAAUGGAAGUGUUCGGUUCGCAAAAGUCGAACGACGUUGAGGAGCCUGUAAAUGAAGAAGAGGACGUCUCUGAAGAGCCUAUGAAUACUCGAGUGUCCAGAGCCACAAGGAGGCGCAACAAAAAGGCGCAAGAGGAGCGAGAGCGCGACAAGAGGAUCCAGGAGCAAGCGGAGAAGAACAAAGAAGGACCUCGGAUGACGGAGCUGAACGCUAUGAAGGAAGUCCUGAAACAAUUUGGGUUACAGUUGCAUAAUAUUCCGGCUGACGGUAACUGUUUGUAUUGUGCUGUGAACCACCAGUUGGAGGUUACAGGUAGGGAGUCGUUCACGGUACCCCGGUUGAGGAAACUCACAGCUGAAUUCAUGCGCCAAAACAAGGACGAGUUCUUGCCUUUUAUGUAUAACGAAUCGGACGAAGCGGUGAGCGAAGAAUACUUCGAGUCGUACUGCAAAGAAGUAGCCACGACGAAGCUAUGGGGGGGACAGUUGGAACUCAGGGCGCUCUCGAACAUACUAAAAUGUCCAAUCAAAGUAGUGCAAGCCAACGGGCCGCUGACAAUACAGGGAGAGAAUUUUACGGGACCAGAAUUAAUUUUAGCGUAUCAUAGACACUUGUAUAGGUUAGGUGAGCAUUAUAACUCGACGGUAGCGGCCAUCGACGGCCAGGAUGAAUAAACACUGCCAUUAGUUUAAGUUUAAAUUACACGCGACAAAUCUGUGAUCUGAUAGGUCCGUGCUAGGCGCGUUAUUUAAUAAGGAAGCUCUCUUUUUUACGAAAAGAGGUAUUUUAAACUGUAUUGCAAUGCUGUAAACAACUCAAAGUGUGAAUAUUAAACCGACUAAAAUGAAUAAAAAGUAAGUGUAAGA